UCGUUGUCCGCUGCGGAUAGUCAUCUGCCGCGACCCUUUCGUUCCGGUGUACGGUAGUGCCAACUGCUCACAUCAGUAAGCGUCGCUCACCGUAGGAGAGAAUCGGAAGUCAAUUUCGGCGCUCAUGUCCAGAAUGUGUGGCCUUCAAUUUCCUGUAGCGAAAGCUAAACCAAUGCGACUUUCGCUCCUUUCGGGGAUUCGUCUUAUCGUCGCUGGCUGUCGAACAGACGGCGUACAAGCCGGCUUCCAGUCAUUUUGGUCUUCCGACACGCUCCCUCGGCCUCUGAAGAAGAAAUAUAUGGGCGAGAUUCUCAAAAUUGUACAUGUAUCUGCCCGGUAUUCGAACCUCCCGGCCCUGGAAAUGAAGUGGACAGUGGCGUUUGAUUAUUUCGCCGGUACCUGGACGGUUUGUCUUCUUCAUAGCUCGGGCCGAAAACUGCCAUUUCGGCAGUGACCAACUCUUUGCAUCGGGGUAUGAAUAUCUCAAAGUGCAGUACUGCUGCCGGGCGCGUGCGGAUUUCGGCUCCGAUCGUUUUAAAAAUAUCACAU